AGCCAAGUUGGCUCGAUGUGUUCUUCUGACGUAUACAGAACAGAUUCUGCCUUCGGGCUUCCAUUUGAGGUACAACCUGCUUGCCAAUGAAGACCUUGGCCCUACUUGCCAGUGGCCAGCUGGCGGCGGCCUUUCAUGCCGAGGUCAGGGCAGAUGGCAGCAUUGACAGGCUCCUGCGAGCAGAUGACCAUGGGAGCCAUCUAAGGCAAUCGCUUGAGGAUCGAGAGGCAUUCAAGGAAGCUGAUCCAGACAGCGUGGAAUGUGCCAGAGAGGCUGGCAAUUGCACCUGUGAUGGAGUGGUCCUGUACGGCCGUGAAGGUUCCUGGCAACAGCUCAGAGUUGAAAGUUCAGUGCUGUGCACUGCCUCCCUGUUUGAUUCAACGCCCGCACCAGCCGGGCAGAGCAAUCUUUGUCGCUGCUUCCCCCUGACUUGGUGUCAGAAGAACAACGUGGAUGACUUUCGCUUGGACACUGCUCACAGGCGCAGGAACCUGCUGGGAACUGCUGGGAUCAACCUACAUCAACGGCGACGAUGGUGUGGCUGGGGACCCCGCGACUGCAGCUGGAGCGAUUGGAGCAGCUGGAGUGAAUCUGGCAGCAGUGAGCGAAAGCGGCACAAAGAAACCAUGGCUGAGAAUGGUGGAAAGUGUCAAGACUUGCCCAGUUCAGAGACUAAAAAGUGCAACUGGAGCGGUUGCCAACAUCAGGAAGCAGAGAAGGGAGUCACUCACAUACUCUCAGCCGACAAAGUGCUGAAUGAGACACAGGCUCAGGCGCGCAUCACUGCGGUGCUUCAGCGGCUGCAGACCUUGGGCUCCACCGAGGCCUCGGUGAAAGUGAAAGCGAGGGCAACGGCCAUGGCUCAGAAGAGGAUCCUGACACCGUUGAAUUUAGCAAAGAUGGCCGCACAAGAACUGGUGGAUGCCAUGCCGCAAACGCCCAAGGAGGCCUUGCAGUCCGGCACCGUCUCCGUUGCGGAAGUUGCCCUGGAUGGCACGGUGGAUGCGGCCCAACAUGCGCAGCAGAUCGCCGAAGACCUGGGGUUGGGUGAUGGAGAGGUGACAAUUUUCGAGAGGACCACUACAGUGAACCCCAUGAGUCAGGCGCAUAGCACCUGAGGCGCUUUGCCAGGAAUUCCAAUGUGGUCCAGUUGGCAUUUCCCCAUUUUCAAAGGAUCAGACGCCAACUUCGGUGGUUGAAUGCGGAAAGAACCCUCUAAAACGUGAUUUGUAUUGUCAAGACUGUCCGGUCUGACAGCAUGUCGGUGGCAAGUGGGAAAA